AUGGAGUUCAGCAUCAUUGUGCUGCUGUGUGUGAUUGGGCUCAGCCAGGAGGCCACAGAGAAGAUUUUUAACGGCACAGAAUGUGUCCCUCACUCGCAGCCCUGGCAGGUGGGGCUAUUUGAGGGGACCCACCUGCGCUGUGGGGGCGUCCUCAUCGACCACAGGUGGGUCCUCACCGCUGCCCACUGCAACGGCAGCAGGUACUGGGUCCGCCUGGGAGAGCACAGCCUCAGCGGGCUGGACUGGACAGAGCAGAUCCGGCACAGCGGCUUCUCCGCCACCCACCCCAGCUACCGGGGAGCCGGGCACAACCACGACCACGACCUCCGGCUCCUGCGGCUGGGCAUGCCCGUCCACUUCACCCGCAGCGUCCAGCCCCUGCCCCUGCCCACGUCCUGCGUGGCGGCCGGGACCCAGUGCCACAUCUCGGGCUGGGGCACCACCAACCACCCGUGGAGCCCAUUCCCCGACCGGCUGCAGUGCCUCAGCCUCAGCAUCGUCUCCGCCGCCGCCUGCCAGGCCGUGUUCCCCGGGAGGAUCACCGACAACAUGGUGUGUGCGGGCGGCGUCAAGGGCGCAGAUGCCUGCCAGGGUGAUUCCGGGGGCCCCCUGGUGUGUGGCGGCGUCCUCCAGGGUCUGGUGUCCUGGGGGUCCGUCGUGCCUUGUGGCCAGGACGGCAUCCCCGGCGUCUACACCAAGGUCUGCAACUAUGUGGACUGGAUCCGGACGGAGAACCUGGGGCCUGCCCGCCCGCUCCAGGCCAUGACGGUGGUGCGGCUGAUCGUGAUCGCCCUGGUCACAGGGCAGGUAGGAGGAGAGACCAGAAUCAUCAAGGGGUACGAGUGCCCCCCUCACUCCCAGCCCUGGCAGGUGGCUCUUUUCCAGAAGACUCGGCUGCUCUGCGGAGCAACCCUCAUCGCCCCCAAAUGGCUCCUGACAGCAGCCCACUGCCGCAAGCCCCGAUACCUAGUGUACCUGGGCGAGCACAACCUCCAGCGGCGGGAUGGCUGUGAGCAGACCCGCACGGCCACAGAGUCCUUCCCCCACCCGGACUUCAACAACAGCCUCCCCAACAAAGACCACCGCAACGACAUCAUGCUGGUGAAGAUGGCGGCCCCUGCUUUCAUCACGCGCGCCGUGCGCCCCCUCACGCUGUCGUCCCGCUGCGUCACGGCCGGCACCCGCUGCCUCAUUUCCGGCUGGGGCACCACGUCCAGCCCCCAGUUGCACCUGCCGCACGCCCUGCGGUGUGCCAACAUCACCAUCAUUGAGCACAAGGAGUGCGAGAAUGCCUACCCCGGCAACAUCACUGACACCAUGGUGUGCGCCAGCGUGCGGGAGGAAGGCAAGGACUCCUGCCAGGGCGACUCUGGGGGCCCGCUGGUCUGUGAUGGGUCCCUUCAAGGCAUCAUCUCCUGGGGCCAGGACCCAUGUGCUGUCACCAAAAAGCCAGGCGUUUACACAAAGGUCUGCAAAUAUGUGGACUGGAUCCAGGAGACCAUGAAGAACAAUUAGCUAGGACCUGGUCUGUGCCCCCCAGGGAGACGUUGGGGGCUCCUUGGCCAUGAGAUGCUGUCACGGCACCGUCAGCUUGGGGUGGGCAGCUGCUGAGACCUGCCUGGAACCCU